CCGUGGUCCGUCAUGUAACUGUGCAGUCGGGGAUAUCGCAACAUGCAGCGUACACGGACGAUCGUGUUGUUAGCUGCGCUCACACUCGCAUACCACCUCCCUUAUUGUCAAGGAGGCAUCUGCUGGUCCGCCAUGGUCCGCGACGGUCGCUGCACGGAGCUUCUGGACGAGAAGGUGACAAGAGAGGAGUGUUGCGCCUCCAAGGGGGUUGGAACAGCCUGGAGUCCGGAGGAUCUUGACGCCGGAGCACUAUUCUUCUGGAGAGUGUUGGGCGGCGGAGUGCCUUGUCACCCUUGUAAAGAGUCGUGCCAAGACGUGCAGUGCGGAGCAGGCAAGAAGUGUGUCGUGCGCAAGGGGAUGCCCAAGUGCAUCUGCUUCCCGCACUGUAGAGGCAACAAGGGGUCGUACCGAGGACCUGUGUGUGGCACUGACGGCAAAACCUACCGUUCUGUCUGCAAACUAAGGAAGCGAGCUUGUCGGAGGAACAACGCGUCGCUCUCCGUCGCAUACCACGGCAUCUGUCAACGCUCGUGCGACAGGAUCCGCUGUCCGGCUGGAAAGUUCUGCCUCCUCGACCAGAACCUGUCGCCGCACUGUGUGAGAUGCUCGCGCCGAUGUUCCCAUGGGUCACCGCCCAGGCCUGUGUGUGGAGUCGACCGAAGGACUUACCAGUCGGUCUGUCACCUGCGACAAGCGGCUUGUCGCCGGGGGAAAGCCAUCCCGAUAGCCUACAAGGGCAAGUGCAUCCCUCGAGCUACUUGUGACCAGAUCCACUGCAGCCUGGGCCAACGUUGUCUGAGACAGCCAAAAACGGAUCAUCCUCGCUGUGUCACUUGUUCAUCUUUACCUUGUCCGGAUCGCAAUGGAAGACAUGUGGUGGAGUUGUGUGGCUCCAACAACAGGACCUACACCUCUUGGUGUCACAUGGUGAAGGACGCUUGUGUCACAGGCUACGUCAUAGAUACACAACCUGAAUAUACUAACUGUAGUGACAUUACAGGAAGACAUGUGGUGGAGUUGUGUGGCUCCAACAACAGGACCUACACCUCUUGGUGUCACAUGGUGAAGGACGCUUGUGUCACAGGCUACGUCAUAGAUACACAACCUGAAUAUACUAACUGUAGUGACAUUACAGGAAGACAUGUGGUGGAGCUGUGUGGCUCCAACAACAGGACCUACACCUCUUGGUGUCACAUGGUGAAGGACGCUUGUGUCACAGGCUACGUCAUAGAUACACAACCUGAAUAUACUAACUGUAGUGACAUUACAGGAAGACAUGUGGUUGAGUUGUGUGGCUCCAACAACAGGACCUACACCUCUUGGUGUCACAUGGUGAAGGACGCUUGUGUCACAGGCUACGUCAUAGAUACACAACCUGAAUAUACUAACUGUAGUGACAUUACAGGAAGACAUGUGGUGGAGUUGUGUGGCUCCAACAACAGGACCUACACCUCUUGGUGUCACAUGGUGAAGGACGCUUGUGUCACAAGAAGACAUGUGGUGGAGCUGUGUGGCUCCAACAACAGGACCUACACCUCUUGGUGUCACAUGGUGAAGGACGCUUGUGUCACAGGCUACGUCAUAGAUACACAACCUGAAUAUACUAACUGUAGUGACAUUACAGGAAGACAUGUGGUGGAGCUGUGUGGCUCCAACAACAGGACCUACACCUCUUGGUGUCACAUGGUGAAGGACGCUUGUGUCACAGGCUACGUCAUAGAUACACAACCUGAAUAUACUAACUGUAGUGACAUUACAGGAAGACAUGUGGUUGAGUUGUGUGGCUCCAACAACAGGACCUACACCUCUUGGUGUCACAUGGUGAAGGACGCUUGUGUCACAGGCUACGUCAUAGAUACACAACCUGAAUAUACUAACUGUAGUGACAUUACAGGAAGACAUGUGGUGGAGUUGUGUGGCUCCAACAACAGGACCUACACCUCUCGGUGUCACAUGGUGAAGGACGCUUGUGUCACAAGAAGACAUGUGGUGGAGCUGUGUGGCUCCAACAACAGGACCUACACCUCUUGGUGUCACAUGGUGAAGGACGCUUGUGUCACAGGCUACGUCAUAGAUACACAACCUGAAUAUACUAACUGUAGUGACAUUACAGGAAGACAUGUGGUGGAGCUGUGUGGCUCCAACAACAGGACCUACACCUCUUGGUGUCACAUGGUGAAGGACGCUUGUGUCACAGGCUACGUCAUAGAUACACAACCUGAAUAUACUAACUUUAGUGACAUUACAGGAAGACAUGUGGUGGAGCUGUGUGGCUCCAACAACAGGACCUACACCUCUUGGUGUCACAUGGUGAAGGACGCUUGUGUCACAGGAAGACAUGUGGUGGAGCUGUGUGGCUCCAACAACAGGACCUACACCUCUUGGUGUCACAUGGUGAAGGACGCUUGUGUCACAGGCUACGUCAUAGAUACACAACCUGAAUAUACUAACUGUAGUGACAUUACAGGAAGACAUGUGGUGGAGUUGUGUGGCUCCAACAACAGGACCUACACCUCUUGGUGUCACAUGGUGAAGGACGCUUGUGUCACAAGAAGACAUGUGGUUGAGUUGUGUGGCUCCAACAACAGGACCUACACCUCUUGGUGUCACAUGGUGAAGGACACUUGUGUCACGGGCUACAUCAUAGAUACACAACCUGAAUAUACUAACUGUGGUGACAUUACAGGAAGACAUGUGGUUGAGUUGUGUGGCUCCAACAACAGGACCUACACCUCUUGGUGUCACAUGGGGAAGGACGCUUGUGUCACAGGAAGACAUGUGGUUGAGUUGUGUGGCUCCAACAACAGGACCUACACCUCUUGGUGUCACAUGGUGAAGGACGCUUGUGUCACAGGCUACGUCAUAUAUACUUACUGUAGUGACAUUACAGGAAGACAUGUGGUUGAGUUGUGUGGCUCCAACAACAGGACCUACACCUCUUGGUGUCACAUGGAAGACAUGUGGUGGAGUUGUGUGGCUCCAACAACAGGACCUACACCUCUUGGUGUCACAUGGGGAAGGACGCUUGUGUCACAGGCUACGUCAUAUACACAACCUGAAUAUACUAACUGUAGUGACAUUACAGGAAGACAUGUGGUGGAGUUGUGUGGCUCCAACAACAGGACCUACACCUCUUGGUGUCACAUGGUGAAGGACGCUUGUGUCACAGGAAGACAUGUGGUUGAGUUGUGUGGCUCCAACAACAGGACCUACACCUCUUGGUGUCACAUGGUGAAGGACGCUUGUGUCACAAGAAGACAUGUGGUGGAGUUGUGUGGCUCCAACAACAGGACCUACACCUCUUGGUGUCACAUGGUGAAGGACGCUUGUGUCACAGGCUACGUCAUAGAUACACAACCUGAAUAUACUAACUGUAGUGACAUUACAGGAAGACAUGUGGUGGAGUUGUGUGGCUCCAACAACAGGACCUACACCUCUUGGUGUCACAUGGUGAAGGACGCUUGUGUCACAGGCUACGUCAUAGAUACACAACCUGAAUAUACUAACUGUAGUGACAUUACAGGAAGACAUGUGGUGGAGUUGUGUGGCUCCAACAACAGGACCUACACCUCUUGGUGUCACAUGGUGAAGGACGCUUGUGUCACAGGCUACGUCAUAGAUACACAAGCUCCUGGAUACUGUCCCUCAGGUGACCAGAGAGCCUUGUGGGACAACACUGUGCUGGAAGGUUCGCUCUCGUAGCCUUUCUGCCAUUCCUCUUCUAAGACUCUGACAGACUGAACCUACUUGUGAUAGACAAGCAGACCCG